AUGUUGAAAUCUCGUACAAUAUUAGGGUCUUUCCGAUUUAUGAGAAGCUACUCAUUAAAAGUCCAAUCUUCCAGUAAGCUGGUGAUUGGAAUUGAUUUGGGUACUACCAACUCCGCGGUAGCGAUAGUUCAAACAGGUGAUGAUCAACCCAAGAUUAUUGAGAAUCAAGAAGGGAAAAGAACAACGCCCUCGGUAGUUGCCUUUACCAAGAGUAUAGAGGGCACGGGUAAACCGAAGGUGAUUGUUGGCGAAGCGGCAAAGAGACAAUCGGUGUUGAAUUCCGAAAAUACCUUUUUUGCGACGAAAAGAUUGAUCGGGAGAAGGUUCAAAGAUAUUGAAGUCCAGCGAGACUUGAAUAAUGUACCCUACAAGAUUGUGGAGAACAAAGCCAAUGGAGACGCCUGGCUUAAACUUGAUGGUGUUACCAGCGCGGACGAAUCAAAAGAAAUCUCAUACUCUCCCGCACAAAUUGGUGGAUUUAUCUUGGAUAAUAUGAAGAAAGUUGCGGAAACAAGUCUUGGAAUACCAAUAAAGAACGCCGUGGUGACGGUCCCAGCGUAUUUUAAUGAUUCUCAAAGACAGGCAACUAAGGAUGCUGGUAAAAUCAUUGGUUUAAAUAUUUUAAGAGUGAUCAAUGAACCAACCGCUGCCGCUUUGGCCUAUGGUUUGGAUAGUAAAAAAAAUGGCUUGGUGGCAGUGUAUGACUUGGGAGGCGGAACCUUCGAUAUUUCGAUUUUAGAUAUUGAUGAUGGGGUAUUCGAAGUGGUUGCCACCAAUGGUGAUACCCAUUUAGGUGGUGAGGAUUUUGAUAUCCUAUUGAUGAAUUAUGUCAUUGAUGAUUUUAAAAAGAAAACCGGGAUCAAUUUACUUGAAAAGUCCUCAAAAGUUGAAAUCCAAAGAAUUAGAGAAGCUUGUGAAAAGGCUAAGAUUGAAUUAUCUCAUGUUAAAGCAACGACCAUCAGCAUACCAUUCAUUUAUGAACAACAACAUAUCAACCUAGAUUUGACCGAAGACCAGCUCGAUGACCUCUCGUUACCAUUGAUCAAUAAAACAAUCCCCCCAGUUAAAAAAGCCUUGAAAGAUGCGGAUUUGGAGCCAGAAGAUAUUGAUGAAAUCAUUCUUGUUGGGGGUAUGACAAGAAUGCCAAAGAUUAGAAAGAUUGUAGGUGAAGUCUUUGACAAGAUUCCAAACCAUGAAGUUAAUCCCGAUGAAGCGGUGGCUCUUGGGGCUGCUAUCCAAGGUGCGGUUCUUUCUGGUGAGAUUAAAGAUGUUUUAUUAUUGGAUGUUACUCCUUUGACUUUGGGUAUUGAAACUUAUGGCGGGAUUUAUGCCCCAUUGAUUCCAAGAAACACAACAAUUCCAAUCAAAAAGACCCAAGUGUUCUCCACUGGUGUUGAUGGUCAAACCGCGGUGGAUAUAAGUGUGUAUCAGGGGGAGAGACCGUUGGUUAAGGAUAACAAAUUGAUUGGUCACUUCAAACUCGGCAAAAUUCCAAUUCUACCAAAAGGAGAACCACAAAUCCAAGUUACAUUUGAUAUUGAUGCUGAUGGAAUAAUUCAAGUGAAGGCGAAAGAGCUCAAGACUGACCUGACUGCCUCUAUUACUGUCUCUGGCGUUUCUGGAUUGACGGAAGCCGAUAUCGAAAAGAUGGUGAAUGAUGCAGAGAAAUUCAAAGAUCAAGAUAAAAAGGCGCAGGUAUUGCUUGAACACGCUACUAGAUCUGAUAUGUUGGUGAACGAUACUAAGAAUGCUUUGGAAAAAUUGGGCAAAUUGAUUGAAAAUGCAUCGGACAAUAAGGUGAUACAAGAUGGUGUUUCCGAAUUGCAACAGAUGUUGGUGUCAGUGGAAACCAUGGUGAGCCAAGCAAGAAGCAAUGAUCCGAAUGAAGCCGGCAAGGUUAAUGUGGCAAUCUUAAAGAAAGAGACCGAUGCAAUCCAAAAGUUUUCAAUGAAAGUCUUUAGUGAAAUUGCUAAAGUCCAAGCCUCAGGUAACUGA